AGAGAAAAACAAGUUUUACACAGCCACAAGAGCCAGUUAAGGACUCACAAGUACUGUUCCAACUAUCCAGGUGGAAGAGAUCAUUAAAACAGGUGAUGCCUGACACCUAUUGGCUUUGGUCUACUCUAAACUUAUCCAUCUCUCUCUGUCACUGGAACACCUCCACGAAGUCCUCAUUCCCCAAAACACCAGUGAGUCCGUUAAAGCCACCAUCAGAGACUGAGCUGAGAAUAAAGGCAAUCGUGGAGAAACUAGACCAGCAGAUCCCACCCAGACCUUUCACCCACGAGAACACCACCACCAGCGCCGUACACAGCACAGCCAGCAUCCUCAACCCUCAACACACCUACUGCAGGGGGGACCAGCUGCACAUCCUGCUGGAGGUGAGGGACCACUUGGGAUGCAGGAAGCAAUAUGGCGGGGAUUUCCUGAGGGCCAGGAUGUCCUCCCCAACCCUGAAGGCAGGCGCUGCGGGUAAGGUGACCGACUUCAACAAUGGCACCUACCUUGUCAGCUUCACUCUGUUCUGGGAGGGCCGAGUCUUCCUGUCUCUCCUGCUCAUCCACCCCAGUGAGGGGGUGUCGGCUCUCUGGAGGGCAAGGAACCAAGGCUAUGAUAAAGUUAUUUUCAAAGGUAAAUUUGUUAAUGUGACCUCCUAUGUCUUCACUGAAUGUGGCCUGACCCUAAAUUCAAGUGCUGAACUCUGUAAAUACCUGGACGAUAGAGACCAAGAAGCCUUCUACUGUGUGAAGCCUCAACACUUGCCCUGUGAGGCCCUGACCCACAUGACCACCAGGAAUCGAGAAAUUUCUUAUCUUACUGUCCAGGAAAAAGGCCUUUUUCACAGGUCCAAAGUGGGAGCUGAAAUGAUGAAAGACCUAAAACACAUUGAUGUCUCCCGAUGUAACAAGAGUGAAAAGAUGACAGCGAAAUGCCAAGUUGGAAUGAAGACUCCUGUCCCUGGUGGCUAUACUUUAAAAGGAAGGUGGAUAACAACAUUUUGCAACCAGAUUCAGUUAGACACAAUUAAGAUAAAUGACUGUUUGAAAGGAAAACUCAUUUACCUCCUGGGAGACUCUACACUGCGUCAGUGGAUCUACUACUUACCCAAAGUUGUAAAAACACUAAAAUUUUUUGAUCUUCAUGAAACCGGAAUGUUUAAGAAACAUGUGCUUCUGGAUGCAGAAAGACACACUCAGAUUCAGUGGAAAAAACACAGCUAUCCUUUUGUCACUUUUCAACUCUACUCUCUGAUAGAUGACGAUUAUAUGCCUCGGGAAAUUGACCGGCUACCAGGUGACAAAAACACAGCCAUUGUCAUCACCUUUGGCCAGCACUUCAGACCCUUCCCCAUUGACAUCUUCCUUCGUAGGGCCCUCAGUGUCCGAAAGGCUAUUGAACGACUAUUCCUAAGAAGCCCGGCUACAAAAGUGAUCAUUAAGACAGAAAACAUCAGGGAGAUGCACUUAGACACAGAGAGGUUUGGAGACUUCCAUGGUUAUAUUCAAUAUCUCAUCAUGAAGGACAUUUUCAAAGAUCUCAACGUGGGUGUCAUUGAUGCCUGGGACAUGACUAUUGCAUAUGGCACCAAUACGAUCCACCCACCUGAUCAUGUGAUUGGAAGUCAAAUUAAUAUGUUCUUAAACUACAUUUGCUAAAGCGUGAAUACUAUACAAAAUCACUGGGAAUGGAUCUCUGCAAAUAAUCCCACAUACAUUUUCAAGUAAGUUUUAUUCAUUUUUAGAAACUAAGAGAAUCAAAUUUAAAAGAGUCUGUGUUGGCAGUGAGGACACUUAAGGACAAUGAAAACUAACAUGGGGGUGCAAAGCCAAGAGAAUCAGACAUGAAGAAUGAUCAUACCAUGUCUGG